GAAAGGGCAAGUGUUCAAAUAGCCGUCCCACACACAUGUGACGAUAAGACGAAGUUGACUUAGAUAAAUUCAAGAAAAUUGUUGCAUAAUAGUAACAAGUCAAACGAAUCCAAACAAAUUACGAAAUGGAAACAAAGGAAUAAUCAAAUCAACAAUGCCAAUAGAUUUAUAUAAUUUACGAGUUAUUAAAUUUGUUUUGUAUUCUAUAUGUCUAAUGUAAAUUUCUUGGUCUUCAUAUGAUCAUCUCUAUAUUUAUAGCUAACAAAUUUCUCACCAAAUAUUGACACAAAACACAAUGCCUCAUUAUUACUUUCUCAGUGAAAUCAUUAAAGCCUUCAUUUUCCUCAUAUUCUUCUUUAUCGGGGCUAUCUCAUCUCCCUAUAAACCAAAACCCACCUCCAUUGAUGUAUGGCCAAAGCCAAGAACCGUUUCCUGGUCUCAACCGCAGGCCCAUCUCCUCUCUCCCACUUUCUCCAUCGCCACGCCAAGCCACCACUACCUCAGGGCAGCAGCCAAUCGCUACCGCGCGCAGAUUCUAACGGAGCACCACCAGCAGCUAGUCCCACCUUCUGUCGUCCUCAUCAAUGUCUCUGCAACCCCAUUGCAGGCCCUCAAUAUCGAUGUGGCCGACCUCACUGCGCCCCUCCAUCACGGCGUCGACGAGUCAUACAACCUUUCCAUCCCCGCGAGCGGCAGCGUCGCCCGUCUGACUGCUCGAACAGCCUGGGGAGCCAUGAGAGGCCUGGAGAGCUUCUCCCAGCUCGUCUGGGGGAGUCCCUCAGUGGUGGCGGUCGGUAUCAGCUUGUCUGAUUCGCCGCUUUUUGGGCACAGAGGACUGAUGUUGGAUACCUCUAGAAAUUAUUUUCCAGUGAAAGACAUACUGAGAACUAUUUCCGCCAUGAGUGCCAACAAGCUCAACGUCUUCCAUUGGCACAUAACUGACUCGCAUUCUUUCCCGUUGAUGGUACCUUCGGAGCCGGAUCUGGCAGAUAAGGGCUCUUAUGGGUCUGAUAUGCAGUAUUCGCCAGAUGAUGUGACCCGAAUUGUGGAGUUUGGGCUUCAACACGGCGUUAGAGUAAUGCCGGAAAUCGACGCUCCAGCUCAUACUGGAUCUUGGGCCCAAGCAUAUCCGGACAUAGUGACUUGUGCCAACAUGUUCUGGUGGCCAGCCGGGGCACCAUGGGAGGAUCGGCUUGCGGCUGAACCAGGAACCGGUCAACUAAACCCAUUAAACCCCAAAACCUACAAAGUAGUCAAAAACAUCAUAAAUGACAUCAUUAAACUAUUCCCUGAACCUUAUUACCAUGGGGGCGCUGAUGAGAUUAUCCCUAACUGUUGGAAAUUAGAUCCAACCAUCCAAUCCAUGUUAUCCAACGGUGGAACUCUCAGUCAAGUCUUGGAGAUUUUCGUCAACUCCACCUUGCCGUACAUAACCUCACUCAAUCGUACUGUUGUAUAUUGGGAAGACAUUUUACUCGACGAAACCAUUAAGGUUGACCCAAAAUUCCUUCCACCAGAGAACAUCAUUUUGCAGACGUGGAGGAACGGCCAUAACAAUACCAAACAAAUUGUUUCAGCAGGGUACCGUACGAUUGUCUCUUCGUCGGAGUUCUACUAUUUGGAUUGUGGCCACGGAGACUUUACAGGGAACAACAGCAUUUACAACAUACAGACUGGCACAACUGGUGAUGGUGGGUCGUGGUGCAAUCCAUUCAAGACUUGGCAAACUAUAUACAAUUAUGACAUCCUUUACGGGCUGAGUAAAGAAGAGUCUAAGCUUGUGCUUGGUGGUGAGGUUGCGCUUUGGUCAGAGCAAGCUGAUCAGACGGUACUCGACUCUCGAAUCUGGCCGCGUGCUUCCGCGUUAGCCGAGGUUUUGUGGUCUGGAAACCGUGACGAGAAAACUGGAAUUAAGAGAUCUGCGGAAGCCACUGAUCGGUUGAAUGAGUGGAGAAGCAGAAUGGUAAGCAGAGGAGUUGGAGCUGAACCUAUUCAACCACUUUGGUGUGUUAGAAAUCCGGGAAUGUGCAACACAGCUAACUAGUUAAUUUAUACAUUAUACAGAUACACCUUUUAUUUGUGUUUCAGUGAGAAGUAUUUCAUUGUUGCCAAA